CUUCAUGUUAGAUACUAGUUGCUCCUUGUAGGUGAUUUCCCGCCUGUUAUCUUGAAAUGAUUUGAAUUUUGAUGUUUAUACAACAUAUAUAAAAAAUUAAAACAUUGUGCAACUAUAUUUAUUAUUCCAAUGUUUUGAUGUUUGAUUAUCUGAGUUACUGAUUGUUUAGUGGUUACAUACUUAUUUCCGCAGUUCUAUUUGUCGUAUACAUAACAGCAACAAAGAGUUCGACGCACAUCUUAUUCACUAUCUAUAAGUGUUUAAAAUGUCUAUUUUAAACCCGAUAUCGGUUACUCUAUUGGUGUCCUUAAUUUAGCAGUGGUGUCCUUAAUUUAGCCCAGAUUUGAGACAUUUUAAUAUUGAUUCGCAAUGGAAAACAGUUUGAGCUUUUCAAAUUCUCGAAAUAGCUCUUUCAGUAACGACAGAAAAACAGCGUUCCGGACUAUUUUAGAGGAUGUUAUAAACUUAGAAGAACAGAAUAUCAGCGAUAAUUUACAAACAAUCGAGAAGACAUCAAAGAUAUUGAGAGAAGUUGAUGAUCUGUACGGCAGAGACGAGUUGAAACAUCCAGGUGAGAGUUACUUGGAUUCUAAGGUGCUGUGCGCGACCAGCCUACUCGCUGUGCGAUGUUCGGAGUCGGUCAGCGGCAAUCUUAACAAAUACGAUAAAAGCGAACUCGCGAAACACAUCGGUUCGAACCCGGACUUCUGGGAGUUCCCGUUUCCGCUAGAAGCCCAACCGGUGUUGUACCUCCACGGGACCUUCGCGCCGACUCCGCCCGAAGAAAGACCGCGAGUCCCAAGGAGGAAGGUUGUGAAACAAAAGGCAGCCGCCCUUAAAGUGCCAAAGACUAAAGACAACGUCGAGGAAAAGGACAAAGAACUUGAGAUCUUCAAGAGGGUAAACAAAAUAGUGAAGCAGGCCUGUCGCGACGGACCACUGUGCUAUUUCAAGUUAGCGUUGGACCCGACGAGCUUCACGAAGACCGUCGAGAAUAUCUAUUAUCUGUCGUUCCUUGUAGCGGACGGCGUCUUAGAAGUCUUUAUUGACGAAGGCACUGGCCUUCCAUUCGUAAAAACAAGAUCCAGCAACGAGAGGCAGGACGCCAAUAACAAGAACCAGUUUAUAUUGUCCAUGAAUAUGAAGUUAUACAGGAAUUUAAUAAAAGUUUUCCAAAUAAGAGAACCGAUGAUGGUGAUAAACAAGGAUUGAGAAAAUGCGCUGGUAACUAUGAAGAUUGCAAUACAUCUUAGAUACGUAUUGUAUAAGUAAAUAUAACACAGUGAAAUUGUAUGUACAAAUAUUAUAUAAGUAUGUAUGUUAUUUUUUUGUAAAUUGUUAGUUUCAAUAUAUUUUUAUACGAAA